AUGUUCAGUGGCUCCUCGAGCCCACCCAAAGAGAAACCAGAGGCAAUCGCCCGCUCCGGUGCCAUCAAUACGCCCUCCCUGAGUAUCCAGACGGAGGAUACCGGAGUCUCCCAGAAGCGAUUCUCUCCUCCUGGUAGCUUCUUCACACGGAGAGCGAGUGAGGAACAGAGCCCUGGCGGCGAAAAGAAGCGCCGGAGCAGCACAGUCACAAAGGCCGCGACAUUUUUCACCAACGCAAAGAAUUCAUUAAGUCUCAGCAGUAGUCCCCGAACUGAGAACUCCUUUAACUAUCCGAUUCAAGAAGCCCCCUCGAUUCAGAAAUACGGAAGUAUGGAUCCAGCGCUAAAUGUCCCACAAGGGUCGCUGAACAAUUCAGCGGGUGAAUCGUUGCCAACGCCUCGGUCAUCAUUCAGAGUCGGCGUGACAGAGGACCGGAAUCGAAAAUGCCGCCGAACCAUGGAAGAUACCCAUUCUUAUCUCUACAACUUUCUGGGAGCCCCUGCACCGGUUCCUCAGCUGGAUGGUGUUAGUCAAAGCCCCCCCAGUCCUCGUGAUGCAUUCCCCCGGACGGAAGCAACCACCAACCUGGUGGAAACUGAUAAUGGCUAUUUUGCUAUUUUUGAUGGGCAUGCGGGCACCUUUGCUGCGCAAUGGUGUGGGAAAAAGCUGCAUCUUGUUCUGGAAGAUGUUAUGCGCAAGAAUCCCAGUACCCCGGUGCCGGAACUCCUCGACCAGACAUUCACUACGGUUGAUCAGCAGUUGGAGAAACUCCCCUUGAAGAACAGCGGCUGUACUGCAGUUAUUGCGUUGCUAAGAUGGGAAGAUCGGGUUCCUUCUCCCAAUUCCAUGACAGGUUCGUCCGCUCUCACGCCCGCCGCCGCCGCCGCAGCGGCAGCCGCCAAGGGCGAGGCGGACUCGGAGGCCGGUGAUACACCAACCCAGGCGACUGUCGCUACUCCAACCGCAUCUCUUCACCAGAGACUACGGGAAAAGGCCACUCGCCAACGUGUCCUCUAUACCGCUAAUGUCGGUGAUGCCCGUGUCAUUUUAUGUCGAAAUGGCAAAGCCCUUCGGUUGUCCUAUGACCACAAAGGCAGCGAUGAGAACGAAGGGAAACGAAUCGCCAAUGCUGGUGGUUUGAUUCUCAAUAAUCGCGUGAAUGGAGUUCUGGCCGUGACGAGAGCUCUUGGUGAUGCGUAUCUCAAAGACCUCGUAACUGGCCAUCCAUACACAACAGAAACAGUCGUCCAAUCGGAUUGUGAUGAGUUUAUUAUCCUUGCCUGCGAUGGGCUCUGGGAUGUCUGUAGCGAUCAGGAAGCUGUGGAUCUGAUCCGCAAUGUUUCGGAUGCCCAGGAGGCAUCGAAGAUUCUUGUUGAUCAUGCACUUGCACGGUUUAGUACGGAUAACCUUUCCUGUAUGGUGAUCCGUUUUGAUGCGGACAAAGUACGGGAAAUGGCCAACCGCACAUUCAGCCAAAUUUGUGGAGAGGCACUUUCAUCUGUGAACGUGGGUCAUGGAGUAAGUGAAGCUGACAAGAUCGUGGAGGGGGCUAGGAAAAGUAUGGCCAAUGCCGGAAUCGCAGAUAACCCCGAGACAGCCGGGGAAUCUUACAAAGAGAUUUUAGAGAAAGCCUCGACUCAGGAACCUGGCCCGGAGCUGUCUGUCAGGGCGGACAACGCGGCUCAGGUGCUCAAUCAGACUGGCCAGCCUCAUGCGAGCAACGGUUCAUGA